UGGAAAGUUUGGAAUCAUUGUGGCAGUUGUUUAGUCUCUGUAACUUUGUCUUUUUCUUGUUCAAAAGGUUAAAGAAAAGUGAAAACAACACGUACAAAGAAGAUGUUGUAGCUUUCACAAUAUGUGAGAAAUGUUUGGCAACAUCAAGGAUAAACUCUAUAACGUUCAACAUGAUUUAUCAAAAGGACUAAGAACAAUCUCGAUUAAAGCGAAAUCUGCCAACCAACGAAUCGUAAGAAAGGCAGCUUUUGCUAUUGCUGAGGAUGUCAAUGUUAAAAGCAAUGAUCAAUGUUUCGAUUGUAAUUUGGAGGCAGGGUCAGAUAUCUUAGCAAGCUUCUAUAAGAACUGGGCACACAUUCAUUGGUAUGGAAAGGAUUUGGCAGUUGAUGCUGAUGAAAUGGAUGCAAUUAUUUUUGCCCGAUUGAAAAAAAUGGCAGCUUUGGAUCGAGCAAUAACAUCUUUCCAUCAAGAACUUUCAUUCCUUCCGGAUGUGCUAGAGAAAGUUGACCAAGCUACUGAAAAAAUAGAGGAGAUGCACAGCGAAAUUGACAAAUAUGAGAAGCUCAUCGAUGAGUUUGAAGAGGCCUCUGUUCGUAAAAUUUUGGAACAAAGAAAGGCGAAGGAAAAAAAGAUAUUUGAGAGAACUGUUGAGCAUUUUGAGUAUGAGUACAACAAUUUGCAAGAGCAGUAUAAGGAAAAAAAAUCCAAAGAUGAUGAACAAACCAGGCAAAUUGAAAAGCAGGCAUCGCUAGAAAGGCAGAAAGUUUAUGAAGAUGUCUUUCUUCAGGAAAUGCAACAUUAUAUACAAUAUGGAGCCACAGAGAAGGCAAUUGCAGGACUUCCGGCAUCUCAGUCGUUGGAAGACAUAACAUUAGAUGAUGAUAUUGAUUUGGAAGAAGAACUUAAAGCUUUUUUGCAACCUGAUGAACCAGAUGAAACAUUAGAUAAAGCAACAAAUGAUGAAAACAUAAGUGAAGCUGGUGACCCAGAGGAGGAAAAAGAGUAAAUAAUUACACUAAUGUAGUUGCUACUAUGUAAUUAUGUGAAAUGCUGAAAUUUCUUUUAUAAUUAUAUUGGGAAUGAUAGUUUUACUGAUA